AUGGGGUCUACUCUGUUGUUCGUUUUAUUAUUACUCAUAUCUACUCCUGUUAGAUGUGAUGAAGAUGCUGAGACUACUACAAUCUCACCAAAGAUUGUACCCGGCUGUCCUGACGUAGAUGUUUUGGAAAAUGACGAAUCAAUCAACCAAGAUUCAUUGAAAGAUCUCCUUCUUUGUUUUUGCAAGAUUCAAAAAAAUGACAAAGUCGCAAUAUCUUGCUUGUAUGGAUCAAAUGAAGAGCAACUCAUGAGAGCAGCAAGCGCUGUUAAGAAUGCAAGCUUAGAAAUAGACAAGAUCAGUAUCCAGCAUAUGGAUUUCCCACUGACGGGACUGCCUGAUAUAAAAAGUGCAGCUCCCAACUUGAGAAGCUUGGAAAUUCGUGAAUGUGGAACCCCAACCCCUCUUAUAAUUGACAAAACUCAUCUAGCUGGCUUAGAGAAGACUCUUAAAAAUUUCACAGUACAUGGAUGUACUCUAGAAGAAGUACCUGAUGUCCUUACCGAUCUGAACGACUUAGAAUCGAUUGACCUUUCAAGUAACAAAAUACAAACUGUUCCAACAUCAGCCUUCAUAAAUAAGAAACAGCUGACUUAUUUGGACCUUUCCGCCAAUUUGAUCAACAGUAUUGAGGAAGGAGCCUUCGCAAAUCUAGAUAAUCUAGAAACAUUUGUUUUCGGAGAACGCAACUAUAUCAACGAUACUGUAUUGGAAGAGUUGAAGUCGUUAAAAAAUUUGAAGAAUUUGGAUCUAACGCGUGCCGAUGGUGUUUUUGAACCUCCCAGUGGAAUAUUCGACAGCUUGCAAAACUUGGAAUCGCUGAAACUUAGUGGAUGUAGCAUUCCAAACCUUGAAACUGGAGUAUUCGCUCCUCUCAACAAACUCAAGCAGUUGGAUCUGCGCGUAAAUCUUAUCGAGAACAUUUCCGAUUAUGCAUUUGACGGAUUAACUCAACUCGAGCGUCUGAGUUUAGCAGGAAACUAUAUUAGAAAACUUGAACAAGAUGUUUGGGUGGGUUUGCAUAACUUGAAAGAGUUGGAUUUAGGAUGGAACGAGAUCACAACUAUAUCAAAAGAAUCUCUAAAACCAUUAGUAGAAAACUUGACAGUUUUGAGCCUCAAGCAUAAUCCUCUCACUGAGCCUCCAGCAACUGGUCUUAUUAACCUAGAGAGUCUAUCUUUAGCUGAAUGUUCACCUUUCGAAAUCAAGGAGAGUAGUUUCGAAGAUUUGAACAAAUUGAAGAUCCUAGACUUAUCCAGCUGUAAUAUUGAAAAGCUGCCACCUAACGCUUUUGAGAAGCAAAAAAGUAGCUUGUUAAAACUAAACUUGGAUAAAAAUAUGAUUAAAACUAUUCCGGCACAGAUUCUAAAAGAUCUUCCUUUAUUAGAAGAAUUUACUAUAUCGAAUAACCCAUAUCAAUGCGAUUCCGAGAUGACCGAUUUUCUUUUCCUUGUUGAAGAUAGAAGGCGAGAUUCUAGUAAUAACGGACAAACUUUUGUUAUUCCAAAUAUAAACACAACAAAAUGUAACCGUCCUUACUCACUUAAGGAUCUUCCCCUUAUCUUAAUUGAUGCGGCUACACUCCAGCCUUAUGAUGAAGCUACUGACACAACUACUCAACCACCAACAACAACAGCGGGUGAAGAAAUUGAAGAAUCAACUACUCCUUUUACAAUCCCAGAUUUCUUUGUUGGGGUUAAGGAUAAUGUCACAUUAUUCAAAGAGGAGCCAAGACGUGAAGUUUAUGACAUUAACCAGUUUGAUAAUCCCAAGAAUGGAAAAGUAGAAGGAAGCGAAUCAAAUCUAGUUGUUCCUGUUACUAUCGGCAUCAUCACCGUGGUCAGUAUUAUUGCGAUCGUGGCUGUAGCGUUGUUCAUGAAGAAAACCAAUCGCAUAGGCAGUAGUCAAUCUAAGCAGCCAGAUGCUAAGCAGAAGAAAGCAUCUAUAGAAGACGGAAUGGAAGAAAUCGAACUGGAUAAUCACCCCAAGUAA